AUAGGAAAAAUAAAAGUGCUGGAAAAUAGAUGAUUUUUUUUUUAAUAUAACGAUAUAUAGUAGCCUUCAUAUUAAUCGUAAGACUCUCUCAUCUCUUACUUAAACAGUAACUCCUUCCUUCACACACACACAAAACAUUCCUCACGGGACAACCUGUAUAUAAAUAUAAGUAGAACCACAAGUCCACAACCAUCCUGCAGUCAAAUUUGCCCCUAUUUUUGUACUUAAUUUCAUCCCGGGAUUUCCUGGGAUGUGCAAAAAUAUCCCGGGAUUAUUAAACCUUGAAAAUUGUCCGGGAUCCCGGGAUCCCGGGAAACAAACCCUAGAUGGGACCCUCGCGUGUGUAUAGCAAGUGUGGGCUUUGGUAACAGGUGGCACAGGUAAGGAUGGGACCCUAGCGUGUGUACAGCAAGUGUGUACUAUGGUAAUAAGUGGCACAGGUAAGGAUGAGAGGAGUAUAUAAAAAAAAUAGACCUCGUGUGUGUCCCUCAGAGCAGUCUGUGCCACGACUCAGCUACGUCAAACGUUGCUCUGUCAAGAUGACUGCUAGGUGGUGGCUGGUUGUCUCCUUGGCGACAGUGGUGCUGACAGACGACUUGGCCUCAGGUGACGAGAAGCAGCAGGAGGAGUGGUCCUGUGACUUUAUUGGUGGCAAGUGUGUGGCGAAGGCUGCAAAGUGCCCUGAGAACCUGGCCGAGUCAGCAGACUGUCCGGAGGGGUGGUGCUGCUUCGGAACACUGGCGAGAUUUGACAAGAAUGGGACGGACAUGGGUGAGAUUCUGGAACAUCGACUGGCUUCAUCCGUGUGCAUUGUCCUGGAGAAAUGCUGGAAGAAGGGAGGGAAGUGCAAGGCGACAUGUUCUCCCAAUGAGAAGGCGAUACCCAAGGGCUGCCAGGGACAGAAUUGCUACUGCUGCGCCCCUUUUAAGCAAAACUGUAACGCCAAGCCAGAGUGCACAGCCGCCCACGGCAAGUGCAAGAAUAAGUGCGGCGACUGGGACAUCGAGGUGAAGGGCGGCUGUGUGGGCGACGACUGCAAGUGUUGCGUUGAUUCUAGCAAUGUCUGUAAAGGUCAGUCGCAGUGUGAACAGGGCCGCGGCCACUGCCGACACGCGUGUGAGAAUGGCGAGGCAGAGACUGGCGCCCGCUGUGGUGCGCAGUGCAAGUGUUGUGUUCCCGUGUCUGAAGUGUGCAAGGUCCAGCCGGCGUGUGACGACGGGUGGGGGCAGUGCCGCUACUCAUGCUUCGUCGGGGAGACAGAGAAACCCGGGGGCUGCGGCCACAGCUGCCGCUGCUGCGUGUCUGUGGCUGACGAAUGCAAGGACGUGGAGAAUUGUGUACAGGCAGGAGGCUCACUGAAGGCCCGCUGUUCCGAGGGGGAGAAGCCCGUCGCUGGAGGCUGUUCACACAAGUACUGCUGCUGUGCCCCUGUUGAAAUGUGCCAGGCGCUGCCGGCCUGUGACAGGGGCCGAGGCCACUGCCGCGCCACCUGCCUCGUCAUGGAGAAGGAGAAGCAUGGCCUCUGCGGCAACCACUGCAAGUGUUGCGUCGCCUCACUCGACGAAUUCGCCGAGGUGAAGCACUGCAUCAAGGCCGGGGGCUCCAUCAAGACUAAGUGUACCUCCAGGGAACAGGAAGUGGCUGGCGGCUGCUCGGGGAGCCAUUUCUGCUGCUGCGCCCUGAUAGACGUGUGUGACGCCAAGUCGGACUGCAGCAGCGGCCACGGCGCCUGCAGGAGCACGUGCAAGUCCCAUGAGCACGAGACCUCCGGGACCUGCGGCGACCACUGCAAAUGUUGCGUUGUUACUCUGGACGUGUGUCACCUGGAGACGGAAUGUGCGGCGGCGGGCGGCACCUGCAGAACACACUGUCCCUCCGGCACCAAGACGAUCAGCGGCUGUAAAGGCAACGAGUGCAAGUGCUGCAUCUCCACCAAACUAGAGUCUAAGUGUCACGCCGAGCUGGCUUGUGACAGCGGCCGCGGGCACUGUAGGGGCAAGUGCAACAGCUGGGAGGAGGAAGUGACCGGGAAGUGCGGCUCCUUCUGCAGGUGUUGUGUGGCCACGGUGGACGUUCUUCUUGACUUGGAAAAGUGCAAGGAUGCGGGAGGAUCGUUCAAGGCGUCGUGCACCAAGUCAGAGAAGGAGGUAGGCCGCGGCUGCUCGUCCAAAGACUACUGCUGCUGUGCCCAGGAGGACGUAUGCCAAGCCAACCCGAGCUGUGACAGCGGUCGCGGGCAGUGCCGUGAGUGGUGUGAGGCGUGGGAAGACGAGGAACACGGGGGUUGUAGCGGCCACUGCAGGUGUUGUGUUGCCAAGAACGAAGCUGUGGCGCAUCUGGAGAAGUGCGUGAAGGCUGGUGGACUGUUCAAGGCGGCGUGUUCCAAGGACGAGAAGGAGGUCUCUGGGGGUUGCCAUGGUUCCGAUUACUGUUGCUGCGGCCCCGAUGACACGUGCAGCGCCCAGCCGACCUGCGAAGGGGGUCGUGGCAACUGCCGGGUCAGAUGCAACAUUUGGGAGGAAGAAGUGUCCGGCAGCUGUGGCGGUGGGAGCUGCAAAUGCUGCGUUGCUGUUACUGGAGUGGUCGCCUUGAAGGAGGUGGAGGAGUGCGCGAGUGGCGGCGGGUCCUUCAAGCACGAGUGCACCGCUGAAGAAGAGGUGGUUCCGGGGAGCUGCUCGUCCUCACACUUCUGCUGCUGCGUGCCCAAAGACACGUGUCAAGCCCAGCCAACUUGCUCCAGCGGACGAGGACAAUGCAGGACCUUGUGCAACGUCUGGGAGGAGGAGGACAAGGAGAGUAGCUGCGGCGCGACAUGCAAAUGUUGUGUUGUGCCUACAGAUGUGAUCACUGAGCUGGAGGAGUGCGUCAAGUCUGGUGGAGCGUUUAAGUCCCAUUGCAACGAGGUGGAGAACCCCGUUGCGUGGGGCUGCUCGUCGUCAAGCCACUACUGUUGCUGCGCCCCAAAGGAUGUGUGUUUGAGCCAGUCGACGUGUGCGGGCGGCCGUGGACUGUGCCGCUUGUACUGUUCCAAGCUGGAGAAGGUGGACCUCGCCGGUUGUGGUUUCAACUGCAAGUGCUGCACGCCCGCUGCUGAUGUAACGGUGGACGAGGCCAAAUGGUGUUUGGAGGAAGGCGGCUCCCUCAAGUCCAAGUGUGCCUCCUCGGACAGAAUCGUGGCGGGCGGAUGCUCUGGCAAGUUCUGCUGCUGCGCACCAACCGAUCAGUGUCUAGAGCAGAAGGAGUGUGCUUCGGGUACUGGAGUAUGCCGCGGCCGCUGUGGUGCCUCGGAACAUGAAUUCCAGGAGCACGACAGCUGCCAGACCGGGUGCCAGUGUUGUGUUCCCUCUGAGAAAGCUCAAUCAAUCAAGAACUGCCUGAAUGGAGGAGGCGCCAUCAAGACCGAAUGCUCGUCCAAUGAAAUCACUGUCGGCGACGGCUGUGCCAGCUCCCAUUUCUGUUGCUGCGGCUUUAAGGACGAAUGUCAAGCAAAGCCGAUAUGUGACCAUGGGCGCGGCUUCUGCCGGCAGACGUGUGAGGACACAGAGGACGAGGAGACCUAUGGAAGCUGCGGCACCGGCUGCAAGUGUUGUGUACCCAAACCUAGCGCGAGUGACGUCCUUUGGUGCAUCAAGGAAGGGGGCGCAUUCAAGGGUGAGUGUGACGACACGGAAGAAGAGGAGGUGGCUGGUGGCUGCAUCCAGGGCUCCAUGUUAUGCUGCUGUGCCCUGAAGGACGUUUGCAGAGCGGAAGACACUUGUGGUGGCAGCCACGGACACGGUACUGGCAGGUGCAAAAGUAAAUGUGACGCGUGGGAGAAAGAAGCCUCUAUCAAAUGUGGUUUACACUGCAAAUGUUGUUUGCCUUUCGUAGACGCUGAAGCGGUCGACAAUUGUUUAGCAAUCGAGGGCAGUGGCAUCAAGGAAGAGUGCGAUUCGGAGACUGAGAUAGAGGUAGCGGACGGGUGCAGUGGAUACAAUAGCUGCUGCUGUCUCGAAACAGACUAGCACACAGCACUCAUACGGCCAAGCGUAAACAAUUAAGGAACCACACGGCCGGCCAUCACAACGCCUGCAUCGUGUCAUUUGCCUGGCGCUCACACUCCCAGUUGCAACACCUGCUCGUUCGACUCAGCACUUUCGUCUACUCAGCCCUGCCGAUGUAACAUACUAUUACACCGUCGAGUCAACGAGCUACCAUAUUGUUAUAGCACAUAGUGGUGUUUGGUGUAUAGUACAGAUUAUAGUGCUUUGUGUUUCUGUAUUCUACCAGUGACAGUGCUACACAUCUACAGCACCCCUGGGUGACUGAAGUGUGCCGCGCUUCUUGUCUCACCCCGUAAACACUCUUAUCAGAUACAGAGUGCUGCACUCUGCGUUUGAUAAUAAACAUUUAAUAAUAAUAAACAUUUAAUUGUUA